CGCAUGAUCGGAAAAAGGUGGACGAGAGCGAGGCAGCUGUAUGGGAAAAAGGGAGUCGGGCAAUUACAAACAUGAACAAGCUGAAGUCCUCACAGAAGGAUAAAGUUCGACAGUUCAUGAUCUUCACACAAUCGAAUGAGAAGACUGCAUUGACCUGUCUGUCACAGAAUGACUGGAAACUAGAUGUCUCCACAGACAACUUUUUCCAAAAUCCAGACCUCUACCAUUCAAAUCUAAAGGGAGUGUUGGACAAGAAAAGGUUAGAACAGCUCUACAACAGAUACAGAGACCCACAAGAUGACAACAAGAUUGGUAUAGAUGGCAUCCAGCAGUUCUGUGAUGACCUGGGCCUGGACCCGGCUAGUAUUAGUGUGCUCUUCAUCGCCUGGAAGUUCCGGGCUGCAACACAGUGCGAGUUCUCCAGACAGGAGUUCAUGGAUGGGAUGGCAGAACAAGGGUGUGACAGUAUAGAGAAACUAAAAGCCCAACUACCAAAAAUGGAGCAAGAGUUAAAGGACCAUGGGAAAUUUAAGGACUUUUACCAGUUUACAUUUAACUUUGCAAAGAAUCCUGGCCAGAAAGGUUUGGACUUAGAAAUGGCAAUUGCGUAUUGGAAUUUAGUACUGGCUGGAAGAUUCAAAUUCCUGGACCUGUGGAACAAAUUUUUAGUGGAGCACCAUAAACGAUCAAUCCCUAAAGACACCUGGAACCUCUUGUUAGACUUCAGCACAAUGAUAACUGAUGACAUGUCCAAUUACGAUGAGGAAGGUUUGUGUUUUUGUGUCAUAAGGCUGAAAACUAUAGCAGCCCAUUGCCACAGGUCAGGUCAGGUGCAUGAUAAUGGAAUGAAUCAGUUGUGAAUAGAACAAUAUGGAGCCAGCCCACUUGUUGCCUCUCCCAACAACCACCAGAGUUGAAAAGUUAUGUUUUCUUGCUUAACCCUGCAUCUGUUGUGGUUCCUUUUAGAUAAAGCAAGUUGAAUAUAAUGCAUGAAACAUCUGUCAUUUCUUUAUCUCUUUCCUCCAAGGGGCAUGGCCGGUCCUCAUUGACGAUUUUGUGGAGUUUGCACGACUGCACAUCGGGACCAAAAGCACCGCUGUCUAGGGGCUGCCCAAACUCGUAGGAACGUCUAUACGUUUGUUUAUACAAAAAACACACAACCGAGGCGGAGAAACGGAGCACAGGGGACUGCACUGAGCUGAGAUCUAUGUUGCCUUUUCCAACCCUCAGGACUGAGAUGUUUUACACAACAAAGACUAUAUAAAAGGCAUAUCUCCUCGUCGGUCGUCUUGUGGUGGUUUGGGAUUUUAUCUUUAGUAUGGGGCUUUUUUUGUGUCAACUCUAGCAAACUGGAGAGCAGUCGCCAUCCUGGACCUUACAGUUCCUGUCCCAGUGUUUAGUUGACACAGUCGAGGUUCGCGUGAAGCAAACCGACACCCCGAAAAGACAAAUACAAUUGUAUCGUAUUCUAAACACGAGGGUCCGUGAGGGAAUGUCAUUCUUUAAAUAUUAAAUUUAAUUUUAAUACUUUGUGUGCGUUCCUGCUAUGAAUAUGAAUUUUGUUUUAUGAGACUUGUGUGACAGAACAGUACAAAAACAUUUGAUUGUAAUUUUUGUUUGUUUUAAGCAUAAUGCUAUUCAAUUACAGAUGUAUAAGGUAAUAAAUGUUUCAAUUUGGUAUUUC